UGCGCGCGAGUGCUCAAGCGCUCAAACACAAUCGGAGUAGCAUCGAUCGCAACUUCUAUCUUCUGUCUAUCUUCUAUCUAUCUUCAUCAUCUACAUUCGCGUAUGUUUACGUGUUCUUGGCUCGUGGCAACCGAUAGUCCAAGAAAAGUUGCCGUUUAUGUUGUUUGCAAAAGCCCGGAGAUGUUUGACGGCGUUCUUGUUACAAAUUAAGUUGCUAAAAUGAUAAUAAGGAAAGCUUGCGGUGGAAUCUCGUCAUUCUGUCGAUUUUUUCGUACAACGUCCUCUUCGUGGCGCGAUGGCAGUGUACCCUCCCUCCCCGCUGGCUGCGGUGACUGCUGCCCGAGCACGCUCGUGGCGCAGGACAAGGAGGCCUGCCUCCUCGACCCGUGCGCCGUGGAUCCAGAGCAGCCACAGCCAAGCGUGGUCAUCGUGGGCGCGGGGGUGGCCGGCCUCUCGGCCGCGGAGCGCCUGGCUCACUGCGGGAUAUGCAACAUCAGUGUCCUGGAGGCCACGGACAGGCCCGGGGGCCGGGUGCAUUCGUGCUGGCUGGGUGACUCGGUGGUGGAGCUGGGGGCGCAGUGGCUGUACGGCGCCAACCCCAGCAACUCGGUGUACUCUCUCGCGGCCCGCGAGGGCAUCCUCUGCUGCCCGGAGGACGCCGAUCACGAGCCCCCACUGUUCUGCACCAGCGACGGCCGCACCGUCGACCCGCCGCUGGUCAGGGCGGCACAGCACACCUUCAGCCUGAUCGAGGCGCAGGCCAGGGCGCUGUUCGGUCUCAAGAUCAGCCGGCGGCAGGGCGCGCUGCUCACCUUCCUGCACAGGCGCAUGCAGCAGGAGGUGCUACGAUACCCGGAGGAGGUCCGCUAUGACGUGGCUGCUGUACUGCACGGCCUCGCCAACGGGCUGCGGUGCCACCUGGGAGCUGACCUGAGCGUCGUGAGCGCCGACCACUACGGCAGCGCCGUGCGGGCGGCCGGCGGUGACGCGCGCGUGCCAAUGGGUUUCGUCGGCGUCCUCGCCCCGCUACUCAGGGAGCUGCCCGAGUGUUCGGUGCACUACUGCAAGGUGGUGGAGAACAUCCAGUGGGGGCCCCGAGUCGCGGGCAGUACCGUGCGCGGCCCUCGCGCCACGGUGCGCACGGCCGACGGUGCCGAGUACCACGCCGACUACGUGAUCGUGACGGUGCCGCUGGGCGUGCUGAAGGCGGCCGGCGACACGCUCUUCACGCCGCCGCUUCCCGCCGAGAAGACGGAGGCCAUCCGUGGCCUGGGCUUCGGCGCCGUCACCAAGCUGUUCCUCGAGUACUCGCGCCCUUUCUGGCUACCGGGCAGCGGGACCAGCUCCCUGCAGCUGGCCUGGUCGCCGGACGAGCUCCAGGGCGGCGACGACUGGACCAAGGGCAUCGGGCUCCUGGAGGAGGUGCCGGGCAGCCGGGCCGUGAUGUGCGUGUGGGUGGCGGGCGAGGAGGCGCGCUGCGCGGAGCAGGAGUCGGACGACGCGGUGGCCGAGGCCGUGACGCGCACGCUCCGGCGCUUCACCGGCGACCCCUCGCUGCCCUACCCGGACUGCCUGCUGCGCUCGCGCUGGUCCAGCGACCCCUUCUUCCAGGGUGCCGUCAGCUACCUGGGCGUCGAGUCCAGCGUGGGCCAGCAGUGCGACCUGAGCGCCCCGCUGCCCUCGACGUGCGCAGAGACCCCGCGGCCCACACUGCUCUUCGCGGGGGAAGCCACGUGUCCGGGACACUUCGCCACGGUGCACGGGGCCCGCCUCAGCGGCCUGAGGGAGGCCGAGAGGGUCUUGGCCCUCACCAGGAGGCAGCACCAGCAGCAACAAAGCGUGGGCUGACAUACCUGCGACAUUGCUUCAGUUUUAGUUUCCACUGCAGUGCGCAAUUGUCUCGACGUCCAGUGCUGCCAUAUGCGCACGGGACGCCGGACUCAGGCGCAAGCUUCUUAGCUAACCGAGUGAUGUAUGCGUACGCACGACUAGUCGUUGCUUCUAUAUAUUUGUGUUAUAGUAAUUCAAUGGGUUAUGUCGGUUAUACAUAGAAUGUCGUGCACUAGGAGUUUUAAAAACAAGGGCAUAUACAUGGAAUCGAUUUUAUUGGUAUUUAGUAAACAUGAUUUAAAAUGUGCUGAAACGAUUCAAUGGAAGCUCGUCGGAGCUUCAAUGGCUCAAUGUGCGAAAUAUACAAAUAUACAAAA